GUCACGCCAGACCAAACCAAACCUAAACAAUUAAAUCCCUCCCUUCCUUUCUCGUGCUCCUCCCUCUGAGCUUUCAUUUCCCCUCUGCCCUUUCUCUUUUUGCUUUAUUUGGGCGGUGAGCAAACCCUAGCUCCGCCGCCCGCCUUAGAUCGACCCUAGCCGCUCCGUCGAGAUGUCAGAAGCCGAAGCCGAGACGAAGCUGGAGGAGGAGAAGGCGGCGCUGCCGGUCGCCGGGGAGAUCCUCUACUGCGGGGGGACCGACUGGGACUCGCUCGGCCGGAAGGGUCCUCCAAAUGCCGUGAACCUCGCUUCGCCCACCAGGCUUCGGCCCCUCGUCGGAGUUGAUAUACGCUUCGUGGCUUCUGGCUGCACUUCUUGUCAUUGCGUGGCUUUGGAUGCUCAAGGACGUUGCUACACGUGGGGAAGAAAUGAGAAAGGUCAGUUGGGACAUGGGGAUACUCUUCAACGUAGUGUUCCAACAAUUGCGUCUAAACUAUCCAAGUAUAAGAUUAUCAAAGCAGGUGCCGGAAGAAAUCAUACUGUUGUUGUUACCGAUAAAGGGAAAUCUUUCUCUUUUGGGCUGAAUAAACAUGGGCAGUUGGGAACUGGUUCAGCGAAAACUGAAAUUGAGCCAUCUCCAGUUGCAUGUAUGGUUUCUGAAGCUACAAAUGUUGUUUGCGGUGCUGAUUUUACUGUAUGGCUUUCAUCAGUGGAAGGGUCUUCAAUUCUGACUGCUGGUCUUCCUCAGUAUGGACAACUUGGGCAUGGAACUAAUAAUGAGUACAACUCUAAAGACAGCUCAGUAAAGCUAGUUUACGAGCCCCAGCCACGCCCACGUGCAAUAGCUACAUUAUCUGGGAAAACUAUUCUCAAAGUUGCAUGUGGAACAAAUCACACAGUUGCUGUUGAUUCAAACGGCUUUGUUUACACAUGGGGGUUUGGUGGAUAUGGAAGGCUGGGCCAUCGGGAGCAGAAGGAUGAGUGGGCUCCACGUCUUGUGGAGGUCUUCCAGAAGCAAAAUGUUUUACCUCCUAAUGCUAUAGUAUCAGCAGGUUCUGUAAAUUCUGCCUGCACUGCUGGAGGAGGACAACUGUACAUGUGGGGAAAACUAAAAAUUACUGGUGAUGAUUGGAUGUAUCCCAAGCCUGUGAUGGACUUAAGUGGUUGGAACAUUCGUUGCAUGGAUUCUGGUAAUAUGCACCAUCUUGUAGGAGCAGAAAAUUCAUGCAUAAGUUGGGGUCAUGCUCAAUAUGGGGAACUUGGCUAUGGCCCUCUUGGACAGAAGUCUUCUGCAAAUCCAAAAAAAGUUGAUAUCCUUGAGGGCAUGCGUGUCAUGAGUGUGGCUUGCGGGAUGGGCCUUUCACUUAUUGUAGUUGAUAGAACAAAUGGUGGUGAUAGACUAGAUCAGCUGGAAGUCUAUGAUGGUGAGUCUUCUGUUGAAGGAACAGAAGAAAAUAAAAAUGGGGACGUUGCUGCUGUGAAGAGAACGCCUAAAAAGAAGGAUAAGUCAUCUGCUGGUUCCAAGAAACGGAAAGGUGAUGACUCAGACUCAGACUCAUCAGAGUCCGAAGACAAUGAUGGUGAAGACAGUGAAGAUGAUGAAGAUUUAAAUGGUGAAGCUUAUGGAGUAAAACAGAAGCGGGGAGGGAGGACUUCAGGCCGUGGCCGAGGGCGAGGAAGGGGUGCCAACAAGAUGGCGACAACCGCAAAGAGUUCUGGCAGAGGAAGGGGUCGUCCUAAAAAGAGGGGCGGUUCCAGCAGAUGAUAAUGCUAUGCACUUGAGAUUUCAUACCUGAUUGGAAUUGACAACUCUGGCUCUGACUUGUUAACCUGACUCUCAUAUUUGUUCAACAGUUCCUCCACAGUCUUCGAUGAUACUACUCAUUGCUACAAAUAUGAAUUGCGUUCAUUGGUUAGGAUGUGUUUUGAGGUGGUAGAGAUGCUGUACAUUUUGUUGGUUCAUUAAACUUAAAUUGUUAUUGUUGUUAA